AAGAUUAAUUCCUUUUUAUUUAUGACCUUUUACACAGUUCAAUCUACAGACUUAAUCUGUGCCUAGUCCUAGGGGCAGAAAGAUCUGUGACUUGGUCCCUGCUCCGAGGCAGCUCAUCUUCUGGAGAUAGACGCAGCAGAAGUAGCUGCUGUGAUAUGGCGUGUGCUCUGUUGGAGAAAACUGGAUCUCGAAACAAGGAAAAAUGUUUCUAGAAUGCUCUUAGGACGUGCUGCCAAGGACUGUUGAUGGUGUUGCACCUGAUGGUGAAUGCCUUCUGGAAGCAACCCGGGUGGAGGACAGGGAGUUACUUUUGCUAAGGAGCCAGCUCAGAGUGGAUUCUGUAAGCUGAGCCUCAUCUGGAGCUUGAGUCUGCACCUCCCUGCAGAAUUGCCGGGCUUCAUGCAGGCAAUCAGCUGCUUAUGAUUGGAGGGCUGGUGCUGGUGGGGAUAAUGAACUUGGUAGUGUCGGCAGAGGUGAUUGGCCGGGCUCUGCUGCAGUGAGAAUGCAGACUGGAUGCUCGGGUCCUCGGCUUGGGUGAUGAGCGAGGACAGCUGAAUAACUGGGAGCUCGAAGUUGCUUGCUGCCUCUGGGAGUGGUCUGCUUGGCUGUCGCGUUUUCCUUUUUGUUGUUGUUUUUUAAAAAAGCCAAACGUUUGCUCACCGUCACCUGCAGAAGUGAGUUGUUAUUGAAGAAGCUCCAGCUGCUUUCUCCUUAUUGCCAGCAGCCCGGCAAGGCUCCCUUACAGUGAGCUACUUCUCAGGCCGGGCACGACAGCAGUGCUAGCACAUUUGAAAAAGCAGGAAACCGCCCCUGCACGCAGAGCUUCCAGCCUGAGAACUCCCAGGCCAGUCUUCCCAGCAGCUGUGUAGCCAGAGAGCCUUGGUAUUGUGGUCACAUCCCUCAAAAGUGAACAGUCACCAUCGGAGGCGUUUGGAGGAGACUGUGAUGUUGCAGAUGCUGUGGCAUUUCCUAGCUAGCUUUUUCCCCAGGGCUGGGUGCCAAGGCUCCAGAGAGGGGGACGAUCAUGAAGUCAGAGGCACCCCAGCCCCUGCCCGGACAGACCAGAUGGCAAGCUUUUUGGGGAAACAGGACGGAAGGGCUGAGGCCACGGAAAAGAGACCCACCAUUUUGCUGGUGGUUGGACCUGCAGAGCAGUUUCCUAAGAAAAUUGUACAAGCUGGAGAUAAGGACCUUGAUGGGCAGCUAGACUUUGAAGAAUUUGUCCAUUAUCUCCAAGAUCAUGAGAAGAAACUGAGGCUGGUGUUUAAGAGUUUGGACAAAAAGAAUGAUGGACGCAUCGACGCACAGGAGAUCAUGCAGUCCCUGCGGGACUUGGGAGUCAAGAUAUCUGAACAGCAGGCAGAAAAAAUUCUCAAGAGCAUGGAUAAAAACGGCACGAUGACUAUCGACUGGAACGAGUGGAGAGACUACCACCUCCUGCACCCCGUGGAGAACAUCCCCGAGAUCAUCCUGUACUGGAAGCAUUCCACGAUCUUUGAUGUGGGUGAGAAUCUGACGGUCCCCGAUGAGUUCACAGUGGAGGAGAGGCAGACGGGGAUGUGGUGGAGACACCUGGUGGCAGGAGGUGGGGCAGGGGCCGUAUCCAGAACCUGCACGGCCCCCCUGGACAGGCUCAAGGUGCUCAUGCAGGUCCAUGCCUCCCGCAGCAACAACAUGGGCAUCGUUGGCGGCUUCACUCAGAUGAUUCGAGAAGGAGGGGCCAGGUCACUCUGGCGGGGCAAUGGCAUCAAUGUCCUCAAAAUUGCCCCUGAAUCAGCCAUCAAAUUCAUGGCCUAUGAGCAGAUCAAGCGCCUUGUUGGUAGUGACCAGGAGACUCUGAGGAUUCACGAGAGGCUUGUGGCAGGGUCCUUGGCAGGGGCCAUCGCCCAGAGCAGCAUCUACCCAAUGGAGGUCCUGAAGACCCGGAUGGCACUGCGGAAAACAGGCCAGUACUCAGGAAUGCUGGACUGCGCCAGGAGGAUCCUGGCCAGAGAGGGGGUGGCCGCCUUCUACAAAGGCUAUGUCCCCAACAUGCUGGGCAUCAUCCCCUAUGCCGGCAUCGACCUCGCAGUCUAUGAGACGCUCAAGAAUGCCUGGCUGCAGCGCUAUGCAGUGAACAGUGCGGACCCCGGUGUGUUUGUGCUCCUGGCCUGUGGCACCAUGUCCAGUACCUGUGGCCAGCUGGCCAGCUACCCCCUGGCCCUAGUUAGGACCCGGAUGCAGGCGCAAGCCUCCAUUGAGGGCGCUCCGGAGGUGACCAUGAGCAGCCUCUUCAAACAGAUCCUGCGGACCGAGGGGGCCUUCGGGCUGUACAGGGGGCUGGCCCCCAACUUCAUGAAGGUCAUCCCAGCUGUGAGCAUCAGCUACGUGGUCUAUGAGAACCUGAAGAUCACCCUGGGCGUGCAGUCGCGGUGACGGGGGGAGGGCCGCCCCGCGGUGGACUCGCUGAUCCUGGACCGCAGCCCGGGGUGUGCAGCCAUCUCAUUCUGUGAAUGUGCCAACACUAAGCUAACUCGAGCCAAGCUGUGAAAACCCUAGAUGCUCCCCAGGGAGGGUGGGGAGAGCUGGCAGGCCCAGGGCUUGUCCUGCUGACCCCCGCAGACCCUCCUGUUGGUUCCAGGGAAGACCACAGGCAUUCCUUAGUGUCCAGGCUCAGCAGGCUCCAGGCGCACAUGUGUAGGAACAGGACGUUUUCUGCAGUGCCUGCCAAUAGCGAGCUUGGAGGCCGGCUUAGUUCUUCCAUUUCACCCUUGCAGCCAGCUGCCGGCCACGGCCCCUGCCCUCUGGCCUGCCGUGCAUCUCCCUGUGCCCUCUGCUUCCUGCCUCUCUGCUGAUGUAAUCAGGUGGGAGGAGGGCCACAGCCCACAUCCCACCCCCUCGUCCAACCCCGUAAUCCAUGGUGAAAGGUGAGGUCACAUGGCCUCCCAGGCCUGACUUCCCAACCUAAAGCAUCGACGCCAACUUGGCUGUGCAAGGAAGAGGAAAGGGUCUGGCCUUGGCGCUCACUGGCAUCUGAGCCCUGCUGAUGGCUGGGACUCCUGGGCAUGCAUGGGAGUGCAUGGGGCUUGGGCUGCCUGGCCUGGCUGCACAGAAGGCAAGUGCUGGGGCUUCUGGUGCUCUGAGCCGGCCCAGACCCUGUCAGGAUGGGCACCACCUCAGAACCAAACUCACUGUCCCCACUGUGGCAUGAGGGCAGUGGAGCACCGUGUUUGAGGGCGAAGGGCAGAGCGUUGGUGUGUUCUGGCAAGGGAAGGAAAAGGUGUUGGAGGCCUUAAUUAUGCAUUGUUGGGAAAAGGGUUUUGUCCAGAAAGACAAGCCAGACAAAUGAGCGACUUCUGUGCUUACAGAGGAAGACGAGGGAGCAGGGAGCUUGGCUGACUGCUCAGAGUCUAUUCUGACGCCCUGGGGGUUCCUGUCCAACCCCAGCAGGGGCGCAGUGGGACCAGCCUCCCAUUCCACUCGUGUCACUGCUUGGAACCUAUUUAUUUUGUAUUUAUUUGAACAGAGUUAUGUCCUAACUAUUUUUAUAGAUUUGUUUAAUUAAUAGCUUGUCAUUUUCAAGUUCAUUUUUUAUUCAUAUUUAUGUUCAUGGUUGAUUGUACCUUUCCAAGCCCACCCAGUGGGGUGGGAAGAGAAGAAGGGGGACCUUGGGCCGCCGCAAUCACGUCUGUGCAGAGAAAUUCCUUAUGGGACUGAAGGCAGAAGAGCAGCCAGAAGGCAGCAGCCCUGGGUCCUUUCCUUUGGCAGGUUGGGCAAGGGCUUUCCCCAAGCCUUAGGAUUUCAGGGUUUGACUAGGGGCGUAGAGAGAGAGAGGGAGGAACCUCAAUAACCUUGAAGGUGGAAUCCAGUUAUUUCCUGCACUGCGAGGGUUUCUUUAUUUCACACUUUCUGAAUGUCAAGGCAGUGAGGUGCCUCUCACUGUGAAUCUGUGGUGGGCGGGGGCUGGAGGAGAGGGUGGGGGGUUGGCUCCCUCCCUCCCAGCCUUCUGCUGCCCUUGCUCAACAAUGCUGGCCAACUGGCGACGUCACGGUUGCACUUCCAUUCCACCAGAAUGACCUGAUGAGGAAAUCUUCAAUCUUCAAUAGGAUGCAAAGAUCAAUGCAAAAAUUAUUGUUAUAUAUGAACAUAUACAGUUAUAACUGGAAUCGUCAAAAAGCAAAUUAAGAAAGAAAUGGAAGUUGGAAGUUGUCAUUUAAAGCAGCCUUCUAAUAAAGUUGUUUCAAAGCUGA